AUGGCUACCCAGGUGUUGAUUGCUCAUACGGGCCAGCGCCUUGAAGUCGACGUAUCCCAGUUCUCGAGCCUCGAAGACCUGAAGGCAUGGGUCGGGCAGCAUAGUCCUGUCUCCCCGCAGCACUUCAUCGCGCUGACCCCUCAAGGUCGCAGUAUCAAGUAUGCAACCUUGACGAACGAAACAGAAAUAUUUGUCUACGAUAAUCGGACAACCCAAAGCUCAUCGAAAGAGAAUGCGCAAUCGAUCGCCUCCCAACACGCUCUCCCCAGACGUUACACCAUCCCCAGCGCACCAAAUUCCAUCGAGGAUGCGAAAGCCAUCGGAUCAUGGCAGACGCUGUACAAGGACAGAAGAGCCUGGGCAGUCGGGUUGCUCGAGGAAUGCACAAAGAUGAGGAAUCUUGCCCAGGACCAGUAUGGCGAGAUUGACGUCAUGAUCAAGUGCCUGGACGCGGCAGUUGCAAACCUGGAGCUAAGCGUCAAGCAGCUGGAGCCCAAGUACAAAGAACUGAAGAAAUGGGUGGAGCCAGCGGUGGCCGACCAUGAUCGGUUGGUGUCAUCGCUGCAGGAGAACCUGGCUCUCGCUAGAGACACGCAUGUUUCUGCGUCUAUUGUCAAGUUCAUGACGCGCGGGCAGGUCAAUAAGGGCAGCCCGACGCUUGAAGACCUCAUCGAGACUGAGACGGUGAAGAAGGCAGCGAAGCUUGCCCCAACCGCGCAUCGAAGAUUCAGUGACAAGGCCACCAGCCUUGAGCAGGCCGCAAUCCAGAUGUAUCAAGGCCUCGAACAACUGAUCGGUGAUUUCGAAAAGUUGGUAGGCCGGUCCGUUAUUGGAAAUAGCCAAGUCUCGAUCGAUCUUCUCGAGGAUAUCGAGUCCUCAGUCAAGCAGAUUGAUUCUGACUACAGGACUGCACUGAGUCUCGGGAAUUCACACCGGGACCUCACACAGGUUUCCAAAACGGCCUCCAACCACACAGAGCGGUUGGUUCCGAACCUAAAGAAGCGCGUCAAGGAAAUGGACGAUCAUUUGCGGUAUGUCGCCCAGAAUCGAAAUACUAUCGCCAUCGAAUCUGUCGAGCUCAUGCAAGCCAUCACCAAAAUCACAUCCCUUCGCACGAGCGUGAAAGACCACAUUAACAUCCUAAACCAAUCCGAAGACGACAUGACUACAUUUGACUACCUGCGUCUCAUCCAGCAACUCCCAUACAUGUAUGCCUCUUUCAUGGUGGAGGCGAUACGACGUCGCGAAUGGAAUGAUAAGAUCAAAUAUGACUCAUCGACAUUGGCCAAUGAAAUGGCCCUUUUCCAGGACGAAGAAUCCAAGAGACGUAGGAAAUGGCAAAAGAUGGUUGGCAGUACUUAUGGUCCAAGCUUCGAGGCGAAUGUGAUAGGCUUGGAAGUCAGCAUAUUGGGAGAGGACCACUCAUGGCCGUCGGCUCAGAAAGAGGAACUGGAUGAGUUUUUGGACUCUCUACGGUCACAAACAGUUGAUGAGGCCUUGCUCUCAGAUAUCGACCAGCUCCUUCAGCAGCUUAAUAGCCCGACAAGGCAGCAAACGAAACGACUAAAGGCAUUCAAAAACGGCAGCAUGCAUGAGGCUGCCUUGGGCCGGAGCGGGCUGAUGAUCCGGGGCGAUGAUGAUCUUCUGAGAUCUCUCCAAGAUGAUAAGUCGAAGCUGGAGAACAAGCUCAAGACGGCGGAAAGUAGGGUCAGGCGCCUCGAGGACUUGCUUCAUAGACAAACCCACGUUUCUCGACCCGGAAAUCUGUUUCAGGCUCAGGUUGCACCAUCUCAUGAACGAACUGGUUCUACCUCAUCCAUUAAAUCAAACCGCCCAGAAGACCGCCGAUCGUCAGAUGGCUCGGAGGCUCUGAUGCGGAAGAUAACCCAGCUGGAGAAUGAGCUUCGAGAGGAGAAGGAAAGAUCAUCUCGUAUACAGCAGGAUUUGAGCAACCGUGCAACGCAACAUGACGAUAUGAAGGACCAGAUACAAGAGGUCAACUUGACCAAGAAGGAUCUUCUCAAGAAUAUGGAAGCUCUAGAACGCGACUUUGUUGAAGAGAGGAAGUCCCUUGAGGGCGAUAUCAGAGCCCUGAAAGCGCGCCUCGAAGACGCUGAAGAUGAGAUAGAACACUUUGGGGACUCCCGCAUGAAGGACAAGGCGCUAUAUGAUGAGCGUGUCCAGGAACUUGAGACGGAGAUUGACCGCAUCGGCAGGGAGCGCAACGAUGAGUCGCUCAAAGCCCAAGGGCAGGUUGACUUCCUUCGAACCGAGGCACGGAUGCAGAGAGAGCAGCGUGACGCAUUGGAAACCCAGCUUCAAUCAGCACAGGAAGAUGUCCGGGAUGCACACAAAAAGGUUCAAGCCUCCGAAGAAGUUGCAAUGAACUAUUUGGAGUCUCUCCAGAAGGUCUAUUCUGUCCUGGCACCGGAUGUCUCAAUUCCAGACGAAGCCACCGACUUGACGGACUCAGUUCAGACCUUUGUAACGGAUCUUUUGGCGAAGCUCCAGAACUUGGAGUCCGAUACGGAGCUGCUCAAGUCUGACUUAGAUCGAGCUUUGAACACGGUCAAAAUUGCGAAAGCCGACCUUGCCGAGGCCAAGGACAAGCUGUCAACGGAAGAAGCAGCCAGCAUCCACCUUCGAGAGAACUCGUCUGAGGAGAAGGCUAAGGUUGAUGUCCUGGAGCGUGAGCUAACCGAAGCGAAGGAGGAGCUGAGCAGCUUACGGUCUCGCUUAUCUGACGGCGAGACCGGUUCAGAAACCCUCAGGAAAAAGCUCGACGAAGAGGAAAAGAAGGUUGUCAAUCUCACCAAAGAUAUCGCUUCUCGACAAUCUCAAGUUGGUGGUUUGGAGGAAGAACUCCACUUAUACAAGGAGAAGUUGGAUUCAGAACAUGAGAAAUUGGCCAAGCUCUCCUCACUUUACGAGAGCCGGGAUGAACGGUCCAAAGACCUUACACAGCGCCUGUAUUCCCAAAAUGACCGAAUUUGCCAUCUUCUGGAGAGAAUUGGUUACUCGGUAACCCGCCAGGACGGCGAGAUUGCAAUCAACAAGAUUCCUCGCGCAGAGAGGACUCCCCCGAACGCGAACGACUCUUCCGACCCGAGCAACUCGAUUCGGAAAUCUACAACCUUGGGCGCUCGGGCAUUGCAUGACAGCGGGGAUCUGGACCUCCUGUAUUGGACAAACAAUGAUGAUGCUUCCAAGGAGGCCGAUAAUUACCAGGCCUUUAUCAAUAAGCUUGGGGAUUUCAAUGUUGACCUCUUCUCAGAGACUGUCUAUCAUAGAAUCCGGGAGGUAGAGCACAAGGCCAAAAAGUGGCAACGUGAUGUACGGUCUUAUAGGGAAAGGGCACACCAGCUGCAAAGAGACUCGCAUGAAAAGAUUGCAUUCAAACACUUCAAGGAAGGCGAUCUAGCACUCUUCCUACCGACCCGAAAUCAACAGGCUGGUGCUUGGGCGGCAUUCAAUGUGGGGUUCCCGCACUACUUUCUCCGCGAGCAAGACGCUCAUCGUCUUCGCCAACGAGAGUGGCUCGUUGCACGAAUCACUCGCAUUGAGCAGCGUGUUGUUGACUUAUCCAAGAGUCUUCAGCCUGGGAACGAGGCUGGUACGGCAAAUGGUGAAGAGAAUGAUAAUCCCUUCCAGCUAUCAGACGGGCUCCGCUGGUAUCUAAUUGAUGCGCAAGAGGAUAAGCCAGGGGCACCAGCCACACCUGGCAUGGGUAAGUCGACAGUUGCCUCGAAUAACGUUGAGGCAGUGGCCAAUAUUCAUACUCGCGCAGCUGGUGCGAAGGGCAAGAACAGAGAUAGUGUUGCGAGCAUCGAGGGCAUUAAUAAGACGCUUUCUAAGAGUCUAGAGAGCCGUCGGAGUAGCUCGAGCUCUAAACGGGCACAUCCGCUCCUGAAAACCAACGCGGUGGCAAGCGAGACGAACUCUCUUCGCGCAGGUGCGGUCGAAACACCGGUUGCUACGAGUCCACUGCAGGGAGGAGUUCUGUCAGCGGCGGAUUUCGACAGGUCCAAGGCCACAGCCUCUGCGAGCCUAUCCAGGUCACCAGAGCGUGGCAGAGCCGCUCGGGAAAACCCAGGCCCAGCGCAACGAGGCGGACCACCAGAACAAGAGGCUGCCCCGUCGACCCCCGAGGUACGCAAACUUGACGCCUUGCUCGGCCCAUAG